AUGCAUUCAUCCGUUGUUGCUUCAAUACUCCUGUUGUCCCGCUGUUCUCUGCAUUUGCUCUCUUAUUUCCUCUCCCUUCCUCUCUCACCUCCCCUACCUGCUCCUUCCCCCCCUCCUUCUACCCAUCUCCUUUCUCUCUACCCAUCCCCUUCCAGCAACGCUAACUCAAUGGGGGUGGAAUGGUGCUAUGCUUCACUGGCUCGACACUCCACUCUGGUGAGAAGCUUCACUGGCUCGACACUCCACUCUGGUGAGAAGCUUCAUCUGGCUCGACACUCCACUCUGGUGAGAAGCUUCACUGGCUCGACACCCCACUCUGGUGAGAAGCUUCACUGGCUCGACACUCCACUCUG